CAGGUCUCAAGUUGAUCAGUCUGCUCAGGAAACUUGCUGGAGAAAGUACCGGAGUCCAAACUGAAGGGAGGGAGUUGAGAUUUUAUCCACUGACUCGUUUUGCUCCUGCAGAGGGGAAUAUUUCUGGAGCGAGAAAAAAAGAAAACACCAUUAUACAUAUAUUUUUUUAUUUGAUAUUUGAAGUCACUUUGCAGCUUGCGCAGCAAAAAGCGUGACAUCAACUGUUUAUUUUUAUUUUUGUUAUUAUUUUUAUAGAUAGCGCCACUCUUGGAUAAAGACUCUUGGCUUUAACUGUAAAAAUCGGAUUAUCUGACUGAGGCAUUGUGUCCAUUUAGACCAGGCUCUACUUUUCUCCCUCCUCCUCGCAUUUGAGCUUUAUGCUGUAAACUGAAGAGAACGCCAACGAUGUUUCUGAGUUUUUGCCUCUUGGUGACAUUUAUCUUGGGGCUGUCCGGGUGUUUGGGCUCAUACGUUCCGUGCGAGCCGUGCGACGAAAAGGCGCUGUCCAUGUGCCCUCCGGUCCCGGUCGGCUGCCAGCAGGUCAAGGAGCCGGGCUGCGGCUGCUGCCUAACGUGCGCCCUGUCUGAGGGCGCGGCGUGCGGUGUUUACACGGGGACGUGCUCCCAGGGCCUCCGCUGCCUGCCCCGGAGCGGGGAAGAGAAACCCCUGCACGCUCUUCUCCACGGCAGGGGAGUGUGCACCAACGAGAAGGGAUACAAACCUGCGCUCCCGCUCCCUCCCGUAGAUCGUGAGUCUCGAGAGCAUGAGGACACCAUCAGCCCAGACAUGACAGGGGAGCUGCAGCCAGCUAAAGUGCCAAUUCAUCCCAAAGACAUUGUGAACAGUAAAAAAGUCAUCGCAGUGCGUAAAGAGCAGAAGAGGAAGCUUGGUAAGCAGCGCUCCUUGAGCUCCCCACUGGAUUACUCACCUCUACCCCUGGACAAGCAUGAGCCUGAAUUUGGUCCCUGCAGGAGAAAACUAGAUGGGAUCGUUCGGGGGCUGAAGGACGCUUCUCUUGUAAUGGCUCAUUCUCUGUACCUUCCCAACUGUGACAGAAAAGGAUUCUUCAAGCGCAAGCAGUGCAAGCCAUCCCGCGGUCGCAAACGAGGCAUCUGCUGGUGUGUAGAUAAGUAUGGUGUCCAGUUCCCGGGUACAGACUACAGUGGAGGGGACAUUCAGUGUAAAGACCUGGAAAGCAGCAACAACGAGUGAAAUGAGGAAGACCACCCUUGACCCCACCAAAUCCCCCAGUCCCCCAAGCCCCCACAUCCCCCACCCCGUAACCUCUACAUGACCCAGGGCCCAUGCCUCUUCUCUGAAUCACACCUGUUUGCUCCGCCCUCUGUUCACCUCAAGAUUUUUUGCUUUCAAAAAAAUGGACAAAAAGAAGAGAAAAAUCCAGACAAAAAGAGCAGGCUAAAGAAAAGACUAAUUCCUUUUCUGUGUUAUUUUAUUUUAUUUUAUUUUUUUUUUUUUUUACCAAGCACUCUUCUCUGAAUGGGGUGGGGGGUGGGGGAUGAAGAUUUACUAGACCUUUGACUAUCAAUCAUAGGAUCCCUUUUUAUGAGCCUGACUUCGAAAGAAUAGGUGCAGAAUGUAUAUAUUUUUACAGAAACUGGGUAUUUACGUACAAUAUUUUGUGUAAUGCUAAAUUAAUGUAAAGAAAAAAAAAACAUUGUGGAUUAAAAAAAAUCUGGCAUACUGAUAAGGAAGAAAUCAGUUUUAGGCUUUGUUCAUGAUGCCACCGUGGAACUGAGUAAUUUGUGUUUUUGUUUUUUGUUUGUUUUUUUUGUUUUGUUUUGUUUUCCAAAAGAAAGAAACACUCAACAGGAAUAUGCCCUGUCAGAGCACUUAUGAAAAGGGGAUCCUGCUUAGAUAUGUAUAACUUCACAAAACAAUGUGUGAUUGGUUAUUAGUAUGUGUACAGUGCGACUGUGUGUUAUAUAUGAGCCUAUGUUGGUGUGUGAUGGAGUGAGCCUAUUACAAAAAAAAAGUCUUUUUUUCUUUCUCUUUUGUUUGAUUUUCUCACAAUGAAUAUUGCUAGCGCUUAAGGUAGUCUUGGGGCUGGCCUUGUCUUUAAUGUAAAGAAUGUCUCUUUAAAGCAAAAGAGUAAGAAGAUCUUCACAGAUGAACCUACGUAAGUGGCUCUUCGACAUUGUAGCUAGCCUGAUAUGCCAACUGUGCCUCUUUGAACAGACAUGCCAUGCGGGGCGACACAGAGCUUAAGAGGAGCGCUGGCUCUACUGGUAGAAUAAAGAGUUCAAGCUUCUGUGAUGGGGCUCAGUUAUGAAUCUGAUCUUUUAAUUUCCCAGUUUGGGCCGGUCGCUUCUCUUGAUUUGUUUGUGUGAAGUGUAGUAUUGAAUGGUUUUGUUUGUGCUGUUUUCUUUGCCUUCAGUGAAGUAAAGAUUGCCCACUUUUGAGCCAUGUUCCUUUUAUCAAGUGGUUUCCCCCUCAGUAAUGCUACUACAGUGUAACCAUGGUGUAUUACAUUACUUUUGAAUAUAGUUAAGGAAUGUUGUUUUUCCUGUAGAAACAAAGCAUGAUAAUUAUGUAAAUGUGCUUGGACUUUUUUUUUUUUUUUUUGCCUGUAAAGUAUCUUCUUGUUCUUGUGGCCUGUCAGGAGAGUGACCUACUGUCGUUUGACUACAGGGGCAGUCGAGGAAGCGACGCCUCUGGAAUUCUUCUGAUUACACACCUCUUUACAAAAGGUUAUCUGCCUCUAUCUCAGUGGAGCAUGACCAAAACAUAAAGGUUACAGGACAUAACAGGGUCUAAUAGAGUCGUUCUCUCUCUGUGUGCAAAUCACAGUGCCUUCCUUCAUGCAAAUACAUUUAAAUACUGACGUGAAAGUGUCACAGAUAUCACACGGGCAGUUUCCAGACAGCACCAGCUGGGAGCCGAUACUUGACAUGAUGAGAAAUAAAUAGGUCUAUGUUCAGUUUUAAUCAUGAGCAGAGCAGUGAAUGUGGUAGGUUCUUUAAAUGGUGUAAAGACGACAUUGCAAAUCCGUUUUGUAAUCUCUGCAUGUACCUCGGUUAGAUUCUCGACAAGAAAGACAUGCGAGGAAGUUUAAUUCGAACCAGUUAAACCUCCUUCUUCUCUUUCAUUGACAACCAAUAAGCUAAGACUCUUGCUUUUUUGUAAAUGCCAAUGUAUAUGUUUGAGAAAGAAAAAGAGAGGGGAAACCAAAAGAUGUUUUGGAUAUUGGUUUUCUUCUGCAACAUGGGGGAGAAAUGAUGUGUGCAUCCUAUAUUAUUAAGGCUACUUGUCCUGUCGUCGUCCCCCCACCCCCCCCCCACCCCCCCCACCCCCCCCCACCCCUCCCGCCCACUACCACUUUAGAAAGAAAGAAAAAAGAAAAAAGAAAGAAGAAAAAAAAAGCAGCUUGCACUUAUUUCAUUUAAUCACUAUGGAUAUUGAUACACAGCAACAACCUACAAUGUGGUAUCAUGAAGCUAGUGGAACAACAACAACAGAAAGCUGAAUGUUGUGUUAUCUUGUGCUUACCUUUCAAAGAUGAUCCUUUGAGGUAAAGUUAAAUGACAGGGGCUGUAAAAGCCCACGCCUGGGACCUCCAGUACGUCAACAUCUUUUAGAGAAAAAAAAAUAGGUGAACAUAAUACACAGCUAGAGAUGCUAUCACAGCCUCUUGCACAGAGAUGACAACUGAUACAGAAAGAGGGGGAAAGAGACAGAGGAGAGAGGGAAGAGGAAGAGCGAGCGCCAUGGGCAGUGGUCAUUAUCAGGGCCUAGCCACUUCUCCGAUGUGGGGUCACCAAUUACAUGACUUUAGGUACAUUUAGUAAGACAGUUACAAGGAGACAUGUAAAUCUGGGGAAUGCAAUACUGCUACAAGGAGCAGAAAAAGUGAGCAGUCGCUUCCUCCGGUUUCACGUCUCCUGCUUGGUUUGAACUCAUAUUCACAUUUCAUUCUUCAGUAGGAAAGUUACUACAGUACAGCUUUUUUCUGAAUACAUAACACUUUUUUGGAUGUAAUGAGACAGUUCAAUUGGUUUUUGUUUUUCAUAAUUUGGUGUUCACUGGCUUGUGAAAUAGACCCAUCGGUGGCAGGAGGAUAGCGGGAAAUAAUGGUCAGUAUUUGGAGCUACAUAAGACAAAUAAGAAUAAAAAAGAAAAAAAUCUCAAAUUAUUAAAGUGAAUAUCACUGUGUAAUAUUUAUUCAACUUGUAAUUUAUGUACUCUUUUAACCUUUGUCUUUUUUGUUAUGACAAAGCAUUUAUUUAAAUAAAGUUAUGUAUUCAUUUAA